CACAACACACCAAAGAAAAGUCUCCCUCGCAACAACUCGCCCAUUUCCCUCCACAGCAGCCCGACACCUCAAGCUCAAUCCCGAUCGAUGGCGCCCAAGGCCGAGAAGAAGCCCGCGGAGAAGAAGCCGGCCGCCGAGGUCGCGGAGAAGGCCGAGAAGACCCUCGCCGGCAAGAAGCCCAAGGCGGAGAAGCGUCUGCCGGCGUCCAAGUCCGCCAAGGAGGGCGGCGACAAGAAGGGCCGGAAGAAGAACAAGAAGAGCGUGGAGACCUACAAAAUCUACAUCUUCAAGGUGCUCAAGCAGGUGCACCCGGACAUCGGCAUCUCCUCCAAGGCCAUGUCCAUCAUGAACUCCUUCAUCAACGACAUCUUCGAGAAGCUCGCCGGCGAGGCGGCCAAGCUGGCCAGGUACAACAAGAAGCCCACCAUCACGUCCAGGGAGAUCCAGACCUCCGUCCGCCUCGUCCUCCCCGGCGAGCUCGCCAAGCACGCCGUCUCCGAGGGCACCAAGGCCGUCACCAAGUUCACCAGCAACUAGGGUUCCGUCGCGGUGUAUCUCUAGGGUUCCGUCGCCGUGUUCUCUUCUACUAGCUUUUGUGUUGCCGUCGCUUGUGUCCAUGUGUGUCGUUAUAGGUAGGUAGCUCGUCUGCUUUGUAAAUCGUGCCAGGUUGUAAUGGACGGCUUUGAUUUCAAGUACUAAUGGAGGAGUUUGUAUGUGCCUUUUCAA